UGGAAGGCGCUGGCUGAAGACCCCUAUGCCAAUAUGAAAAUCAUGAAGCCCCUCCUCAAAAGGCUUCAGGACGAAGACCCCAGCACCGAAGCCGUCGGGAGGAGAAACAGCAAGUCUCCCAUGCCCAUUGCGGCCACCAAUGCUCUCUGUUUUCUUCUAUCCCUUCCUAAUGCGGCGAACACUCUGCAACACAAGUUCCCCAACCUGCUCAUCGCCCUCGUAACCCAGCUUUAUUUUCUCCUGGGAGCAAGCAAGAGCGGGUCCAGGAGAUCCAGCAGAGUCAUUGAGGUUUCAGAGCAAAUCAACCUCUUGGGCAACACAGUGCAAACGAUCAAAAACCUGAUCAUGUGUGCUGGCUAUGAAGAGGAGUUCAAUGAUUUGGAGAUGCUGGGAUGUUGGGAUAUGCUGGUGACCCCUGAUAGUUUCUUUGAAGGAAUCUUCCAUCUGAUCCGGAACUUGUUCAGCUUGUCUAAAGUGGAGCUCAAGACCUUUUUUAGACAAGCCAACACCUACCUGCGCCGCCCCGAUCUCCGGGAGAAGACUAUCGGGAUGGUUUUCUUUUCGGAGCUUUUGUAUCACCCGGAGGUUGGCAACUUCUUUAUUAUGCAAGAUAUUCUCCAUGUUCUCAUGGAAUGGAUGACUGAGCCGUAUGCCCUCAUACAAUUCUUCAGCAUCCGAGGUCUUGGAUACCUUUUGCAGCGCCCUUUCGAGAAGAAGAUGUUGGAGCCAUUCUUAACACCAUUGGUCAACUGUGCAGCCCAUCAAAACAAGAAUGUUGCAAAGGAAGCGCUGAGGACCCUCAAUUUCCUCUUCCGUCAUCUCAGUGUGACCACACAUGGAGGCAGGGCUGCAAAUCUAAUUCCAAUCCUUCCGAAAUAUUUCGCUGAUGACGACAUUGAAUUGAAGAAUGUCUCAAUCAGAAUAUACGAUCUUCUCCUGAAAGGAGUGAAGGAUUUACCUAAUAGUGAUGUAAUAAAGGGUUUGUGAAGGACAAA